CUCCGAUAAACUGAUUUAUAUUAAGGUUCCAUUGAUGAGAAACUAAGCCAAAACUAUGGGUUCGGAAGAUGAUGAUGACGACCAGACCUUCGGUGUCACCCGCAGGAUCAUGUUGGCGGCGGUGGGAUCUUUGGUCGGAGUCGUGAUGCUCAUGAUCAUACUCCAUCUCUAUGCAAGGUAUCUUCUCAGACGCCAAGAACGGAGACGUCAAGCUGAACUUUACAGUUUGAGAACUGAUCGAAUCACAACGGCAGAUGAAAUUCGCAUCAUCGAACCGCCCAAGUCGGGGCUCGACCCUUUGGUUAUAGCUUCAUUGCCGAUGUUCACAUACACUGGUCAGGUCGAUGAGCCGACAGAAUGCUCGGUUUGUCUAGGGAACAUUACGGAGGAGUCCAUGAUUAGGCUUUUACCGAAUUGUAACCACGUAUUUCACGUGCAGUGUAUAGAUACGUGGCUUGGGUCACACACGACUUGUCCCAUAUGUCGCACCGCCGCUGAACCGUCAGUUCAGCCGGUGAACGUCGAGUCGGUCGACAGGGUUCGAGCAACGGCUCCUCCGAUAGAGGAGAAUGCGUCCCAGAGUGCUACCCAAGUGGAAAAGGACGGUGGACCAUCGGGUUCAGGUUCAGGAUCAGGAUCAGGAUCACGAUUUGGUUCCUUCAGAUGGAUGCUUGGAAGGCAGAGAUCAUCAAACAGGAUUCAAAGCUUUGAAGAUCAUGAAACUGGCAGUGCUCAAAAUUUGGAGAGGUAAUGUGUAGGGUUUCAAAUAGCGGUCGCGGUCAUGUUUUCGAAUAUUUUGAGUUUACUGUGAUUGUGGCCGUUGCGGGCUUGGGCUCUAUUACGGGUAACUCGGACGACGGUAAAACUGCUAUAUCGCGGACGAAAUCACGUUUUCGGAAUGUGAUUUGAAACUCUGGUAAUGAGUAUAAUAUCAUUGAAAAUUGAUCUGUUUUAGAGAUACUGUGAAAUUGUUUUAUGGAGAUUUUCUUUUC